AUGAAUCGCCAGCAACGAAAUGGGCCCCUAACUCGAGUGACUAAAGGACUUGGAGGUCUUAUAGGCCUCGCGGCCGAGGCGCAUACUCAACACAAGAACAGAGAGACAAGCACACUUGCAAAACGACUUGAUGCCCCUGGCACGAACGCCAGCCCGGCAAUUGGCACAGGAGACGGUGUUCGACAUGAAUCCCCGGAAAUCGACGAGCAAGAGUCUUCUUCCAACGAAGAGGAGGAUGCUUUCGCUAUCGACUCUCUCCUCCCACCGUCGUACGACGAAGUAAUCUCUCCCCAGUCCUCUAACGCAACUCCCUUCACAACGGUAAAGCCCCUCCCGUAUCCCAUAAUCCUCCCUCAACGCCGUCCCCACCACUCCUCUCGAGGCUUCGUUCGAGCGUACGCACCCAUACUCCAAACCCACAAAAACAUCUCCCAGACCACCUUUCUCCAAUUCCUCAAGAAUUUCCAGCAGUCUUCACGCCCCUCUCCCGUGUUCCACGCAAUCAACAUCGGCGCUAUGGCUGCAGGGUUUGCACCCAGCGCGAUUGCUAUCGCCGUGAGUAUCAGUGUACAAGUUGGCGUGAGGCAUGCCAUGGCCGCCCAGGGGAGGCUGAGAACAAACACUUUCUUGGACAAGGCGAACAGGGAGAUGUUUUGGCCCGUCGGACUGCAUGCAAUGAUUACAACCUUUGCACCAGGUCAAUCUGACCAGAGAGUUCUGGACGUCGAUUCCGGAUGCCCACUGCCCUCUUCACACGGAACAAACCGACAUGGACUCGCAAUCCCUCAAUCCGCGCCACUGAUCUUCCCCAGUAUCGACCAAGAAGCAGAUGGCGACGGCCAGCCUUCGCCGUCUUGGAAGCGGAGCUCCAAAUUUGUCUCUUCGUACUUUGACAAACGCGCCCAGGCGGCUUAUCCGUCCACCUACGCAGAUGCGUUGGAGGCACAAAAAUCAAACGGCCACCAGAUCUUUGCCAGCCGCUACGGCGACCCAAAUCAUCCCGCCAACUCGGGAAGUCCCUUGGCCUUACUGACUGGCGGGAUCAUCAACCCAAGAGGUGAUCGUGACGGACUCCUCUCGACAGCAAGACGCAUGAGGCGAUCAAGCUCUCACGGAGAGGAAGGGCUCCUGAUGCGGCUCGCUCGGACCGCCUCGAGUGCGGCAAAAGGGGGCCAGCAUAGACAGCUGUCCUAUGACUCUGCUCCCCUCUCUCGGUCUCAUUACCAUCCCCGCGUAUCGGAAGACAGUGCCUAUUUACCGCGCCGCGAGAGCUCGCACCAGGCUCACCGUCACCGUCAUCGCCAUCGUUGCGAAAGUUCCUCGAGCCAGUAUGAUGAAAGUCGGGCCCGAGCUGCUGGUGGUGGGCUCAGGCAAGUUCUAAGACGAGCCACGACGAUGCAGCAGGACAUGCUGUACCUCGUCAUCGCCGAGAUCCCAGAUUCAGUGAAAGAGGAAAUAUCACGUUCGCGAGGGGGUGAUUAA